AUGUCGAAAAGCCGAAGAGCUUGCGCAGAUGGAGUGGAGGAGGACCAAGGUGACGCCAUCAAGGCAAUCUGGAAACAGAUUGCUCCCCCGCCUCCCGCUUGGAUCCAGAAGAUUGUCGAUGCACAACAACCCUGGGGCUUCGUCUUCUACGAAAGCAGAGUGGCCGAGCAGGGAUUUGGCCACGAUUGGGAAGACGUGUGGAGCGAAAUCAAACAGUGUACAGGCCGGAUGCCAGUGGCUGUCAAUGGAGAACGCGACCAUGAGUACACACUGUUGAGUUCUAUUCAUACCGGAGGGAACCAAGGUAAUAUGAAGGACCUGUGGAUCACCGACUGGGCCGCUGGGCCCAUUGACCCAGACUUACCAGAAGACGAUGCUCUGAGACGACACUUCAAAGAGUAUAGAGAGUCGCUCUCAUACCCGGGCAUCUUGCGGAACACGUUCAUUAUGGUUGACGACCAAUGCAUACCCGCGGACCUUUGGAAAUAUACCGGACGUGCUGUAGAUACCUUUUGGGUUUGGGCAUACGAUGCCGACUGGGAGCCCUCCUCAGACGUUACUGUGUCGAAUGGAGAGGAGUACCGAGGCCGUGUCAGGGUGCCGCUCCAUAGCCUGGAUGCGUGGAUCUACGGCGCGCGUGCCGAGGGUGAAGUCAGUCUCAAGGAUAUGUGGCUCAAGGCGCAAACUCAUGACGAAAAGUUGUGGAUCUGCUACUCGAAACGGAUGGAAAACUGGCAUCACGAGUCUUAUAUCUGA